AUGGACAGCCCACGUGCAAGCAGCCCCACAAAGUGCGGGCGUCCACCCAACUCAGCCUAUAUCAAAUUGAUGAAGCAAGGCGAGGAUUGGAGAAAUGUGGCCGACGCUGCGGAGCGAAGAAAGCUUCAGAACCGCCUGGCUCAGCGAGCGUACCGUCGCAGCCUCCGUGACAAGAGCAAGGAGGUGGAGGCCUUAAGGAGGCAACUGUCCAAACUUCAGGACAAUGGUGGCCGUCAAACCGCUGGUGUAUGCAAGAGAAGCUCUAGCAGCAGUGGAAAACUAAAGGCGCAGUCGAGAAGCCCAGAACUUAGUGCAUCAAGUCCCAACAACUGCAGCUCAAGCAUCUCUUCGGUUUCACCCAGGCCAUUGUCCCCUGGUAAAAUCGGACAAUAUCCCCAGCAUGGCUCUUCAAGCGAGUCGCCGGAUUUGGACGAUAUGAACAUGGUAGACGAUGUCAAUUUCCUGUGGUUUGAUACCACGGGGACAUCCAGCGGCUCAGAGUCCUGUUCGGCCACGCAUUUAUCAUCGGUUAACUCGGAGCCAUCGGAUGUAUCUGAGGACGAAAGCAGUCUUAUGAGCGGCUAUGAUGUGCUUGGUAUUUCAUCAGACGCCACGCUCUUGGAACAACAAAACUCGGGAUCCAUUCCACCCAUGUUUCCAAUGGAGUUCAACUUUGAAGGUGGAGAUGCCUACCACACAUUCUUUAAGGAUGAAAAUGUUUACCACCCGGUCUUUUUCCAGGAGGUAGUCUCGGACCCGUCGCAUCUAGGCCUUGACAAUAUCAUGGGUGGGGACGGUCUGAACCGUGUGUCACCAUCAUUGCCGCCAGAGCCUGAUUUCGCAUCACUGUGGCAUGGCUUACCGGAAGAGACCCCAGCGAGUUCAGCCAUCUACCGCUUCGAGACCAAAUCGACGACGAACUCGCCGCGACGAGUUCCUGGAGCUGACGCGUCGCUACUUCAUCUUGCGGUUGCUGGGGGGAACAUCGAAACUGUGAGGCUAAUCCUCAAGCAAUCGCCCUCCAUGAUGCAAAUUCAAGAUAAACAAGGGUACACCCCUAUCCAGCUUGCAGCGGUAUCAGGACAAACUGAGAUUCUAGCUUUACUGCUUCAACCUGAAUCAAGCAGUUUAUGA